CUGUGGGGAAAGAGAAGAGUCGUGGAAUAUAUUGGGCCCGAUACAGUCCAAGACUGUUCCCUUUCCGCACAGACCCUACCUCAUUCUAAUUCUAACUUAUCACACCAUUGCACUUUGUUUGUUGUGCUACUAAACCUUCCCGGUCUGUGGAGCCCUCAUCGUAACGACAAUCCGACAAAUCAAAGCCAAAUUGUUACAUGUGUAGAUCCCUUAAAAGAAAAAGUCAAGUGCCAUCUUGGAUUUUAUAGGAAAACAUUUAUUUUAUUUAAACAUUCGCAUUGCAUUUUUCAGUUCUUCAUUUUAGUUUCUUCAAUCUUUCAAGAAAGUGGUAAAUAAUCAUACAGUAACGUAUGCGAAAAUGGGGAAGCCCGAACCUGCGCGCAAAUGUGUUAGUUAACGUUUUUCAUGGUGAAACAUUUCACAACUUUAGUUUUGGUAAUACCUCGACGACGUCGAAACCUUCAAAUUUAAGUUUACGCGCACGCGCUUCAACUAGAAUGAGUUCUAGCAAACAUGCCAAUGUGGCCAAAAGAAAAUGGUCCAAGAAAAACAAAAAAAUAAAACAGCUGUUUGAACAACUUCGUGAGAGCCACUCUGUUAUAGAUCUAGAUGAGACUAAUGACACUGGAAAUAGGAAGCGGAAAUCGUCAUCAGUUGACCUGAGUGAAACCAUCAAGACGAAGGUCAAAAAAAUGGAUAACAAUUCAAGUGUAAUUGUAAUACAUGACAAUGAUCAUUUGCCUAAUAGAACUCCACAGAAAAAGCGAAGUCCUCUGCAUUGCUCUACACCUCUUGGCGGGAAACAGAGCACAAAUUUUACAGAUUUAAAUGUAUCUGCAAUAAAAAAUGUGACAAACAACAAUGAUUUAUUAGAAAACUUUAGCCGUGAAGUAUCAAAUUUAACAUCAGAUAUAAAAAGUGGAAUCCCUGUCAAAAAACAAUAUAUAACAGUGGACCUCACAGGAGACGUGCAGGGCACAAGUAAAGAUAUAAUCAAUGUCACUGAUAGUGACUGCGUAUUACUAUCGUCAAAUACAUCCGUGAGCUCGAGUAGGGACUCACAAAUAACCAUAAAAGAGAGGCCCAAAAGCACAAUUUCUGAGGAGAGACAGAUUCAUAGGGUCGCGAAAGGUUUGAACGGCUUGAUAGCCAACCUGGACACUUCGUCCCAGGGCAAACUGCUAAAGAUCAUUACAGAGAACAUUUUCAGCGGCUGUAAUGUAGCUAUGGGUUUGAAAAAUAACCUUGAUAAUGAUAGGGUAAGUGAAAAAAAUGUACCCCGCAUUGCAGAGACGCCCGAAGAUGUCUACAUCAAAGAGAUGUUCAAGGGUGGCCGGCCCUCCAACAGCAGUGUUGGUAGUAACAUAUAUAACCCAGAAAAACAUGUAAAGAGGACCGGGCCUAGGACCAUAGUCAUAGAUGGCAGUAAUGUUGCAAUGGAGCACGGCAGAGGCAGAGAAUUUUCAGUGAAGGGCUUGAAGAUCUGCAUAGACUACUUUGUGAACCGCGGCCACGAGGUCAGGGCGUUCGUGCCAAGGUUUAGGUGUAAGUUUGGCAAGAGUACCGACCCUCGGCUGUUGGACGCGAUGGAGCGCAGCGGGCUGGUCGUGUACACGCCGUCGCGGGAGGUGCAGGGCAAGAUGAUCGCGUCCUACGACGAUAGGUACAUAGUGCAAUACGCGGCGGCGGUGGACGGCGUGAUCGUGUCGGGCGACAACUUCCGCGACGUGGCGCCGGAGCACCCGCGCUGGCGCGCCGCCGUCGAGCGCCGCGUGCUGCCCUUCACGUGGGUGCGGGACAUCAUCAUGUUCCCGCGCGACCCGCUCGGCCGGAACGGGCCUACCCUAGAGCAGUUCCUCCACCACGACAGCUAGCUGGCUAAUACUCGCCAGCUGCUCCGUUUUGAUGUCACAUCUUCGCGUUGGAUGCGGACCCGUGGACGCCGCUAAUACAUACGGAUAGUCAGCAUCGAUUGUCAAAUAUAUCGUAACGCACCUUUGUUAUCAUAGAAAUAAGAGAUUCCGAUAUAUUUGCCCCCUUUGACCCUCACUUGUCUCUGACUGUACACCGAGCUGCGAAAUUGCGUGGAAAAUUAAUAUAAAAACUCGUUGACAAUAUGUCCAUGAGAUUUUGCAGCUCGCUGUACAGCUCAUCACCCGGAGCGGCGUCCAGGUUGUCAUCAGUGAUCAGUGCGAUACCCGCCUUGUGUCGACGACGCGGGGCAAAUCAAAACGUAGCUACGUACGUAACCAAAAACCUCGUAAACUGUAAGUCAUAUAAACUUCGUUUUCAUAUGUUCAUAUACAGGUGUAUCAACAAUAGUGGGGAUUCCUUUAAGGACAUAUUCAGUAUCGUGUUUUGAUUAGGAAAGAGUAGAAAAAAAAAAUAUUGUCACGAUAAAAUAUUUCUUUGUAUGUGGCAAAUCGUCCAAGUCAUCUCUAAUUAAUUGCGUCAAAAAAAAACUACUUUUUCCUAAGAAUCAGAACACGAUGCCACGAUUUCUGUUACACAUUGUAUUAUCCUAAAUAUUAAAAUGAGAGUUCGAUGGUCCCAAUCUAUCUAAUCUGUCAUUUUAGUAUCAAUGAUAAAAAUCAGACAAUACAUCAAAAGAUCUAGUGAAGAAAUUAUCGUGUCUUGCUCAAUAUUAAGAAUAGCUGAUUUCAUUUGUAUUUGACUCUAAUAUAAUGUUGAGGAGUCCCGAAUCUUAAAACUAUAUAUUUUUAUAAUUGAACCCUGGGAUAAAAAGGUGUUAUUUUAGUCGUAUCGUAUAGAUCUAUGGAUUCAUGUUUUUUUAAAUAAGUUCUUAAUUAUGCAAUGUUGAAUGAUUCUUUAUAUCCAUUUUAAAUUUCAGAGUUUCUUUCACUCCUCGAGGCCCAAAAGGUCUUAGUCCCACGAACAAAAUAUUAUCACACGCGAUUUCAUACAAAUACAGAUGUAUGAAAAGUCAAAAGGCCCUGGGACUCGAAGGUUUUUUACUGUUUUAGCACUGAUCAAUGUUGAAAUAUUGUAAACCUUAUGGUAUUGUCAUAAGGUUUAGAAUUCACUGCCACUAGCCAGUGCUAAGAGAAAAAAAAGGCAAGUAGUGUUUCUUGUCUAUCAAAUAUCAGGCAAAAGAUUGAUUCUUCUUAAACCGAACAUUAUUAUUAAAUGUAGCCUAUACUAAAAUUGUGUAAGGUUAUCGUAUGAUUUUAUAUUCGUAUCCAAUAAUGUAACAAAUGAUGUGUGGAGAUAUAAACGAGUUUCUUUUAUGUACAGAUAAAUUAUUCCCGUGUAUAUCUCCAGUCAUCUAAAAUCUUAGAUAUAUAGAUCAUCUUUUAUACUGAUAGUAGUAGGUCGAUGGCAAAGCUGAGUGUACUUGUCGCCCGGAAUAUUCUCAGGAGGCUGCCGAUAAGGAAACAACCAUAGACCUAUAAAAAGUACAAGUAAGUAUUUUUGUAUGAGAAAACUCUUGUAAUAUUAGCAGAUUUUCGCAACAACGUGAUAAAACUCGUAAAUUGCAGCUAUAUGGUGUAAAAUUAGCAUGUAAUUUAUCAAAUCCGCCUAACUGCCGCUGCUGUAUAGAUAACUAUAAAAAUUAAAAAAAUAAGCAUACUGCCGCGCUUAUCUAAAACUCAUCAAUUGUAUACUUUAUCUUAUAAGGUAUCCACUUGAUCUAACAUUCAAAUGAAGGUUUUGUCAAGCCCAGCAGUUUACUUAUAGAUAUAUGUAACGUUUUAGGCCAUAAGGAAGGUAAACAAUAGUCAGUAGGCGUUGUUUUCUAAUGUGGUUUAUUUUAUCGGCAGCUUUCGAGAUUUCCGGGCCCUAUCUGAUAAUAUUGUGUAACUGAAAUAAUUAUCUAUUUGUGAUUAAGUAUAUUAUUUUUCGUUUUUUUUCUUCAGUUUAUAAAAUUAAAAAUAUUUAUUACUACAGGAAAAUAAAUUUGCGUGUUUGCAAAUUUGAGACAACUAUUGAGUUGCAGAUUAUUUUCUUAAGACAGGGAUUCACUAGGGUAUCUACACAUGUCUCAGAUAUUUAACCCCUAGUUAUUCCCUAACUUACAACCAAAUUGUUCAUUGAGUUGUCAAAGUUGUCGUCAAAGCCAAUUUCGUUUAUUAAACAUUUUAAAAACUAAAAA